UUUGACAGUAGCGCUGUAGCGUGUAGCUUGAUGGGGAUUUCUGUAAGAAUUGAGACAUGGAUGAAGAUGCUUUUGGAGUUUUAGUUUAUAAUCUGAUUUUAAAGUUAAUUUAGCUGCAAUGGAGCGGCAGGGGUUCACCGGUGACCUGGAGAGCAGGAGUAAAGAGCAGCUGUAUGAGAUACUGACACGGCAAGAGAAGUUGCUGAACAAUAAGCGGUUCGUUCGAAACCUUCCUGACAAAGGAAAGAAGAUUUCUGAGUUUGUGGAGAAAGUGCGCCAUGCUUUAGCGACUAAAGAGGAAGAAGAGAAGAAGCAGGCCAGCUUGGCCUCUGUACGAACAGAAUUUCAGGCCAAAUACCAGCAGGCUUUUACUCAGCGCCAGCAUGUCGUCUCUACUAAUGUUUGUGCUGCUAGUGCAAGACUUACAGAGAACCAAGACUUAAACACAGAGGUGGAAGCGCCAAGGAGAGAGGACGGUGCACACAACUCUUUCCAUUUAGAGACCACUGACAUGAGAGAGACGAUGUCUGCAGCAGCAUCAGGGAAUGCUGAUAGGGCUAAAGACACAGAUCUCACAGAGGCGUUUGGACGGGUCACUUUAUCAGAAGAAAACACCAUUCCUCCCAGAGACUCAACUACAAAUCCUUUCCUGGGCUCACAGCAGCAGAUGAAGCCACAUUACAUUGAAGUGUUGGAGAGAUCAAAUGUAAAAGAGUCGAGACCUCGAUUUAGGCUCAAUCAACUGCCAGUGAAGUCAGCCUCUCCAUCUCGCGGCCAGUCCCCAGGCAGUGUUACCCCCCUCAGCGCUGAGGCUCGGAGAGAGAGGGACAGGAAGCACUUGGAUGACAUCACAGCUGCCAAGCUUCCUCCACUGCACCACAGUCCUGCACAGUUACUGUCACUGGAGGAGUCUGUCACCCUCCUGAAGGAGCAGACAAAGAAGUAUCAGGAGCUGCAAGCCAAACUAGCUGCCCAGAAGCUGGCAGAUGGCCUGUCUGUCGGUAUGAACAGCUAUAAUCCUGAAGGGGCCGCUCUGGCUGCAUACAGAGAGGUGCAUGAUGAUGGGGCCCUCUCAGAGGAGGACUGACCAAGGAGACUCAUCCUGUCUGAGCUUAUGAAUUAAGACCUGUCUGUAUGUUCAGGUUAUUUAAUAGCAUCCUCUCAGGUACUUAGAGUUGAGUUACUCUAAGGUUCUUAAUGAUGGUGUUCUUUAGAACAUAAUGCAAGGAGCCCAGUUACCGAAAACAGUAUAGCUGCUCCUGAGAAUGCGCUUUAAAUAAAGCACUAGUCGUUUUUCAAAUCCAGUUCUGAGACUCUGAGCGCUGAAUCUUUGUGUGUUCUUUGCUGUAAUGCCUAAUUCAGCUCGACAGGAGUUUAUUAAACUCUACACGGGCUGAGAAAGAUGUUCUACAGAAGGAACUAUGCAGAAAUGUCAACACUGGGACUGAGAAGCACUUCACAUCUACAAUAUCACUUGAUUUCAGAAUUAUGGAAAAACACAAUGCAAUGAUUUGCUUAUAUUUUUUUAUGGCUGGUUUUUGCAGAAUGCAAUCAGAAAUAAAUAAUUUUGACCUCUUAA